UGAACCAAAUCAUUGAACGCAUUUCAUAUUAUUUACAGAGUUUGGUUGUUGGUUAAUUUUUUUUGAAAAUUACAAAUUGUGCAGUGACCGAGCCAUAAGACCAUCUUUGAUUGUAGAUAUAAUCAGGAUGGUCAGCUUUUUUAAGACUCUAGUUAUUUAAAUCCUUUGACAUAAUAAAGGUUUGUCAUUAUGGCCAAUUUGGACGAUGACGACAACUUUGUGGCGUUUGGAACUGCGUUAGAACCAAUUGAAGAAGAGGAAGUAGCCCGCAAGAAGCCAAUUACUGUUGCUGAUCAGAUUGCCACAGAUGAGAAUGGACGACGUCGCUUUCACGGAGCCUUCACUGGCGGAUUUUCUGCCGGCUAUUACAAUACGGUCGGCUCCAAAGAGGGAUGGACACCAUCCACGUUCAAGUCGUCACGGUCGGAAAGGUUCUCAAAAAGCGGACAGAAUGUCACAGAUUUCAUGGACGAUGAGGAUAUGGGUGCCUUUGGAAUUGCUCCCCAAGUUUUGCGGCCAACUGAUGAAUUUUCUAUUUCUGAGACGCAAGCUAGUAGCAGAAAACGAACAAAGCCUAAGCAGUCGGAUGGCUCGAUUCCUGGAAUGCCGGUGUUACAUCAAAUUAUUGAACCAGCAAAGGAAACGGUUGGUAUCAAAAUCUUGGUGAAAAUGGGUUGGAGACCGGGGCAGGGUGUUGGACCGAGGGUGUUGCGAAAAAAGGACAAGGAGUCAAAACAAUCACGCAAGACAAUGGAUAAAAAAGACGAUGAAAUUGACAAGCCAACCAUUGUAGAUGAUGAUAUGGAUAUUGAGAAAUUGUCCAACCAAAAAGUAUACGGGUGCCAACUACCUGCUGAAUUAUCAGCCAAAAAGAAUGAUGAUGAAGAAUCGUCGGACGAAGACAUUGAUGCGGAUGUCCUGUAUGCACCAGAAGAUGUAGAGUCGCCACUGUGCAAUCCCAAAGAGAACUCGUUUGGACUGGGCUACAAAGGGUUGGAGAGAAUGACUGGACCAACAGGUCAUAUUGAUCUCUUUGGAAAACAACUCAAGUUCCGAGACGUUCCAGGUGGUAGUGGGGACAAGAAGACAGGAAACAAAACAAAUGUCACUGGAGAGGCAUUUGGGAUUGGGGCUUUUGAAGAACCUGAUGAGGACGUCUACACUCGAGAAGACAUGUCCUCGUAUGACUUUGAGCUAGAAACUAUGGAAGAAAGAAAACAUCGGAAAGCGAAGGAAGCGAUUGAGAAACUAACAAAGAAGAGGCAAAAGGACAGUUGCAUUGAUGGUUUCCAUUUUGCUAAAUCAGCCACUACAAAGAAAACGUUUUUCCCUCCUCCCACACUUCCACACGACUUCCAGCCAAUUCAUAAACAACGGAAAUCUAGGUUUGAAAAACCAGUAGAAACCCCAUCCGACCAGAGUACCUCAUCUUUCAUCAAAAAAGGAUUGGGACGUCACGCAUUAAGUGUUCAGGAAAGGCAAGUAUUGUUGGGCGAAACACCACAACCUCGAUCAUCGAACCACGACGAACAACUUGACCCCACAAAAAAGUCGCAAAAUGAUGUCAAUGAAGCCAAUAAGAAAGAUGAAACAGAAUCCGAGAUUCAGGAGCAAGUCGAACGAAUUAAAAAAUUUGUUCAAGUUCUUCAAGCUCAUAGCACUCCUGCUUCCACGACAGGAAACACAGGUGGGGAGACGACCGUCUCGAAACCUGUAUUUCAACCAUUCAUGAAAAAUCCUGAAAAACAAGAACGAUAUGAAAAGUACCUUACACUAGUAGCCGCUGGUUUUCAAGAUAAUCUGAAAGAUCUUCAAUCCACAACAAUGACAGAAUGGGAAAGAGAAAGAGAAAAACAAGAGUUUGAGAAAGCACGCGACAUUUAUAAACCCCUGAGUGGAGUGAUGUCAUCUCGAUUCGUGUCUGCAAAAUCGCACGACAUUUCGCAUUUAGUUCUGGAGAAGGAGACUGUGAUAGAAAAGGACCCCAAAGAAGACCCGAAAGUGGCCGCAAAACUUAAUUUAUUUGGAAAGCUCACACAUUCCGUUGUAGAGUGGCAUCCUGAUAAAGUAUUGUGCAAGCGAUUCAAUAUGAAAGAUCCCUACCCAGAUUCCAAGUUUGUUGGACUCCGUGGUGUUUCAUUGGCAAAAAUGAAUUCAGUCAAGACGAAUAUAUCAGCACAAACUCCCAUUGUUUCUGACGAGAAAGAAGUCACAUCCACACCAGCACAGAAAAAGUCCCUAUUCGAUAAUCUUGACUUUACAAAACCACCACCUAAUUGGUUAUCAGCAGUUGAAACCCAGUCCGAGAAUACUGGUGAUACUUCCGAAUCAGUAAAAGCAAAGUCUUUGGAAUUCCAGUCCAGCAUUGAGGAGAAAGAAAACCUUGUACCUGUUAAAGCACCACCAGAUUUAUUCAAGCAAAUAUUUGCAGACAGUUCCGAGUCGGAAGGGGAUGAAGACGAGGACGACAUUGAGCCGGCUCAAACUACAACUAAUCCCGUAAAUAAUGAGGACAAACGAACACCAUUAGGACAUAAAACGAGGACUCUUGAUGAUAAUGACAAAGACUUGAAAACAAUAACAAAGCUGACUGAGACUGGUCAGAGUGGGGACCGGAAAAUUUUGUAUGAAAAACGUUACAGCAACCGAGGGGAGCAGAACUCGUCUAGUUGUCAGAACCGAGGUGAUGAGGUAACAAAGAGCAGAAGCAAAGGCAUAUUUGAUAAUUUGGACUUGACUCGACUAAGUCACAUGCAUAAUGAUGACAAGAGCGGAGAUGAGCAGAGAGAAAAAUACAAUCAGAUAAAAAAAGAAAAAGAGACCAAGGCAGAAGCUGCAGCAGAAGAAGAGGAUCAAGAUCUCAUUUAUGGCCCAAAGGCUCCCAAUAAGCCAGUCUCUAAUUUCAACUCUACUGCCACCACAAACUCAACAAGGCCACAUUCGUCGUCCACUACGUUAACUAGUCAACUUUCGUCAUUCAAAAAGGUUCCAUUCGAACAUGUAUACAAUCCAAGUGGUAGUGCAGGGAAAGGUUUGCAGGACGAGGAAACGGUUUGGGUAGAAAAGGAAGUCGUUGCAAGUCGGAGUCAUUCCAAGAGCAAAAAGCACUCUUCAAAGAGUAGUAAGAAAAGCAAGGAUAAAAAAGCGAAAAGUAAAGAGAAGCACAAAAAGAAAAACAAGAAACACAAGUCGAAAAAGUCUAAACACAAAAGUUCGAAUGGACGCUUGGACAGUUCUUCUUCAGAUGAAGAGUCGGAUGACUCGUCGUCCUCGAUUGAAAUGCACAGCUCCUUGAACCAAAAAACCCUUCUCGCUCAGUUGAAACAAAUAACUCAUCCAUCAUGAACUUUAAUUAUGCAAGUGUUGGUUGAAAUUGUGUAAUUAAUUAGUUCAGGUAUUUUGUGCCGUACAAGUAUGUGUAAUAUUUUUUAUUUAUAUUGAUACUCAUGUUACAUAUUGUGUUACAACUAAAAACUACUUUAAUCUAAAAUAUGGUAUUAUUAAUAAAAGUAAUUUUUAGAAAACAA